AUGUCUUCUGAACACUACGACUACGAAAACGACCCACACCAUCCAGUUACCACUUCUGGUCCAAACAACGAGUAUAUCCACAUUGGUAACACCAAAGUCAGAAAAGAUGAACUAUUAAGUGCCUUUGGUGGUGCUUUAUACACUGGUGUUCACGCUGCUCCAACCCACAAAUUCGCCAAUCCUGGUCCAUUAGGUCUCUCUGCUUUUGCUUUAACUACUUUUGUUUUAUCCAUGUUCAAUGCUAGAGCCAUGGGCGUCACAAACAACAAAGUCGUUGUCGGUUUAGCCUUUUUCUACGGUGGUUUUAUCCAAUUAUUAGCUGGUAUGUGGGAAAUUGCCAUUGAAAACACCUUCGGUGGUACUGCUUUAUCCUCCUAUGGUGGUUUCUGGAUGGCCUGGGCUGCUAUUCAAACUCCUGCUUUUGGUAUCGCUUCCUCUUAUGAUGACAAAGUCGAAUUUUACAACGCUAUUGGUUUCUUCUUAUUGGGCUGGACUAUUUUCAGUGCCAUGCUAACUCUUUGCACCCUCAAAUCAACCGUCGCCUUCUCUGGUAUGUUUGCUCUUUUAACUGUCACCUUCGUUCUCUUAACUAUUGGUGAUUUCACUCGUAACACAGACUUUACCAGAGCUGGUGGUAUUUUGGGUGUUAUUGUUGCUUUCAUGGCCUGGUACAACGCCUUUGCUGGUAUUGCAACUCCACAAAACUCUUAUAUCACCGUUAAACCUUUCUAUUUACCAGGCGGUAAAGCUUAG